CAAUAGUCUGUGGCUAAUGCGAAAGAAAAGGAGUGCUUGUGCUUGUCGUUUCGCAUUUCGCCGGCGCUCGUGCUAUAAAGUUGACAAAAUAUUCGUUUUUUUAUUCUUUAUUGAUACUAAUGUGUUUAAUUACGAAUUUAAACGUUGUAACAACUGAUUUAAAAAAGUUAACAUAUUUAAUAAAACAAUAAACGGACUCGCUUAUUAAAAGACAAUUACCACGUGUGGAUAUUCUCAAGAGAAGCAACUUUACCUGCUUUUCUAAUUACUUUGCCAGUAUUGGUAAAUCAAAUAAAAUCUGAUUUAGAGAAGAAAUAUAUCACGUACGAAAAAAAUGUCAUUAAAGACGGAAGGCGACCUCCGAGAUGGGUUAUCUGCUGAGGAUACCUUCGCUAACAGUGAAGGACUUACAUAUAACGAUUUCUUACUGCUGCCUGGAUAUAUAGAUUUUACAGCAGAAGAAGUCGAUUUGACAUCUCCACUCACUAAGAAAAUUCUGUUAAAAGCACCUCUAGUGUCUACUCCAAUGGACACAGUGACAGAAGCUGACAUGGCCAUAUCCAUGGCNCUCCGAGAUGGGUUAUCUGCUGAGGAUACCUUCGCUAACAGUGAAGGACUUACAUAUAACGAUUUCUUACUGCUGCCUGGAUAUAUAGAUUUUACAGCAGAAGAAGUCGAUUUGACAUCUCCACUCACUAAGAAAAUUCUGUUAAAAGCACCUCUAGUGUCUACUCCAAUGGACACAGUGACAGAAGCUGACAUGGCCAUAUCCAUGGCGCUUUGCGGUGGAAUUGGCAUUAUACACCACAACUGUACUCCAGAAUACCAAGCUAACGAAGUUCACAAAGUGAAGAAGUAUAAGCAUGGAUUUAUUAGAGACCCCGUUUGCAUGGGUCCUGAGAACACAGUCGCUGAUGUCUUGGAAGCUAAGAAGAAGAACGGAUUCACUGGCUAUCCUAUCACUCAGAAUGGUAAACUUGGUGGACGUCUAAUUGGCAUUGUUACAUCUCGUGACAUUGAUUUUAGAGAAGGGGACCCACACCUAAGUUUGAAAGAAGUAAUGACUCCCAUAAAUGAUAUGAUUACUGCACAAUUGGGUGUCACUUUACAAGAUGCUAAUUACAUAUUAGAGAAGAGCAAAAAAGGAAAAUUACCAAUCAUUAAUAAUGAUGGUGAACUUGUUGCAUUGAUUGCUAGAACUGAUUUAAAGAAAGCGAGAAGUUAUCCAAAUGCAUCUAAAGAUUCCAACAAGCAAUUGUUAGUAGGGGCGGCAAUUGGGACUCGUGAUACAGACAGAGAACGGCUGAAGUUGCUUGUGAACAAUGGUGUAGAUGUGAUUGUCCUCGAUUCAUCUCAGGGAAAUUCAACCUACCAAAUCAAGAUGAUAAAAUACAUAAAGGAAACUUAUCCAGAAAUACAGGUAGUUGGUGGUAAUGUAGUGACAAGAAUGCAAGCUAAAAAUUUAAUUGAUGCAGGAGUUGAUGCCUUGAGAGUCGGAAUGGGUAGUGGCUCUAUUUGUAUCACACAAGAAGUGAUGGCUUGUGGUUGUCCUCAAGCCACUGCAGUGUACCAAGUAGCUUCCUAUGCUCGUCAUUUUAAUGUACCAGUCAUUGCCGAUGGUGGAAUUCAGUCAGUUGGUCAUAUUAUUAAAUCAUUGGCCCUUGGGGCAUCGACUGUAAUGAUGGGAUCACUCCUUGCGGGGACAUCUGAGGCCCCUGGAGAAUACUUCUUCUCUGAUGGAGUUCGGCUCAAGAAAUACAGAGGAAUGGGAAGCUUAGAAGCUAUGGAAAGUAAAGAUGGUAAAGGAUCUGCUAUGAGUAGAUACUUCCACAAAGAAUCUGACAAACAUAGAGUCGCUCAGGGAGUUAGUGGUAGUAUUGUUGAUAAAGGUUCAGUACUAAGAUUCCUACCUUAUUUGCAAGCUGGCAUGCAACACAGUUGCCAAGAUCUUGGAGCUCGAUCUGUUAGUGUGUUGCGUGAAAUGAGUCAUUCUGGAGAUCUGAGAUUCAUGAAAAGGACUUACUCAGCCCAACUGGAAGGCAAUGUCCAUGGUCUGUUCUCUUAUGAGAAAAGAUUAUUUUAAGUGUCAAAAAUAUGUGAUAAGAUGAAAUGAAUACUGUUGAGCUCUAAUAAAACAAAUUGAAAGAUUUUGUAUGUAAAGAUUUCGAAAUUUUUAAUGUAUAUCUGUUAUAUAAUGAACAUAUUCCAUGGUUUUUUGUAUGUAUUGUGUUUUACUUGAUAUAAAUAA